CUUUUGAUUAAAGUGUUUUCUUUCACUAUUGAUUGAACUCUAUAUUCCAUAUAUAUUCUUGAUUUAAAUGUUUUUUAAAGGAAAAAUUAAUAUAAAGUAUACUUUUAAUACCUAAUUUUAUAUUGAGACAACAUUUUUUAAAUACUUCAAAAAGAGACAAAAAUUAAGACAUCUUAAAAAUGAUAUCAUUAGCUUAUUUAUUCCUAGAGCGUAGGUUACCAAAAUACCCUUUAUUGGGUAUUUUUUUCACACUUCUGUUAUCUCCUUCGCUCUCUUCUCUGUGUUUCUCUCAUAACUACCAUCACCGGCUUUGUGAUGUUUUUUUUUUUUUUUUUUUUUUUUUUUUUUGUGUAGUUGCUGCUGCAGUCAUCAUCGGCAUUCAUAAAAAGUACUUAAUUUGUAGUUUGGACUUGAAAAACUGAACUUUUCAUACUGUGUGCACUUACAUGAAACCUGAAGCUGCUUUGCAGCAGCAACCUAGAUAAGUGUUAUUAGCCUGAACAAAAUUCUUUCUCUUUUCCAGCGUGAUGAGGACGAUACGGUGCCUUGACCUGUGUGGUGUUGCUUCACAGGUAAAUGAUGACGGGAUAAUUCUUGACACAACAGUAGCUAAUCAAGUGUCUAUGUGGAAAAGUAGUAGAGGCAUAAGGUGGAAGCUGAUCAUGCUUGUUCUGGUGAAAAGUGCACUUACUUCCAAAUUGGAGACGUAUUUGUUUGUGAGAAGACUGGCCAGGUUCAUGUAUGUGAUGAUAAUUGCAGAGAAGUUGUUAUGGAUCCGGCCAAUGAGCUUUGGGUCUGCACAAUAUCUGGGCACUGUUUCGAUGGGUUUCUAUCACCGGAAGAAAUGGAGUCAGAUGCUGAGCAGCAGCAAGGAACUGUGACAGACGAAGUAGAACCAUUCCUGGGAUCUGGGCGCUUUGCAAGAGCUUAUAUGAUGGGAUAUAAUUGUGUUGAUGAGAAAGAGCUAGAGGAUGCUUUGAGGUUUGUUUGAACAGAAUAAAAUCCCGGUCCCAUAUAGGUUGGAGUGAAAUUCUUGGGUCAGGCACAUGGACCGCGUUACUCAUGUCGCUGGCACACUAAGAAAAAAUAGCAGGCCCCUUGCAUUUGGCCCAACCCACCCCAAGACUAGGAGAGAAACACGGCCCAGUAUAUAUCAAUGUCGAAAUACAAGUGGUUCGAUACUUAAAAUUUUUUCUCCAAUCACUUGUAUUAUGACACUUAGUGCACCAAAUCGUGUCCAAUAUACUGGGCCAUGUAUAUCAGUGUCGUAAUACAAGUGGUUGGAUACUGAAAAGUUUUUUUCUAACCACUUGUAUAAUGACACUUGAUGCAUCGGAUCAUCUUCCCAUCAUAUUGAAAAAUUUCUCCCAAAAGUCACUACUGACUGAGUGGAAAGCCAGCCGCAACCCUAGGUGGGUUGUCUUUAUUCUCUUGUAUUAAAAUAAAAAAUAUGCUUCAUUAAAAAAAAAAAAAAAUUGGUCAAUGCUCAACUUUGUAUGCAUAUUCCAGUAGGUAUACUGUUGUAUUAUUAUUAUCAUCAUUAUCAGUGCCGUGAGACAGAUAGAGAUGCAUAGUGGUUGCUGUUGCUGUCUAUUUGGAAUUGCAGUUAAAUUAGCAUUAGCUUUGCUGUUCCUUUCUUUUCUUUUGGGGUGUGAUUCCAUUCCUUUGUACAUCUGUGUAAUCUGAUAUUUUCU